AUGGCUACUCAGUGGAUUGGUGUAUUACAGCCUCCAGAUGGAGAAGAGUCCAACCUUAUCGAUCCUGUAAACCAGCUGGGCAACAACAUCGCGCUCCACACGGUAUGCCUGACGCUGGCCACCGCUGGCGUUGCGAUCCGAAUCUAUACCCGAGUUGGGAUUCUCAAGUCGAAGCUUGGGCUGGAUGACUACUUUGUGAUCUUGUCUUGGUGUUUAACAGUGGCUUUCUCUGGCCUGAUGUUUGAAUCCUAUCACUGGGGCAUUGGACGACACAUGUGGGAUGAGCCUGUGACAUGGCUGGUGCCAGCUCUCAAGUACUUCACGAUCGCUCAAUAUGUGUACCUUCUUCUGACCCCAGCGGUGAAACUGAGCUUCCUCUUCUUCUACUAUCGGAUCUUCGCUCCCGAUCGAACAAUGCGAUACCUUAUCCUCGGCGGUAUCGCCUUCGUGUCCAUCAGCCACGUGACGGUAUUUUUCCUUACUAUUUUCUCCUGCACUCCCGUUUCGCACGCCUGGAACGAGUUCGGUGAGGGGAAGUGUUGGAACCCGACAAUUCUGCCGUAUCUUUCAGGCGCCCUCAGUUCGACGACCGAUCUCUAUGUCCUCUUGUUGCCCAUCCGAUCGUGUCUGGGAUUGAACAUGACUUUGCGACGGCGACUACGACUGCUGGCAGUCUUCAGCAUUGGUAUCUUUGCAUGCGUGACGAGUUUAAUUCGACUGGGUCAGACGCAUAUUCUGACUGACAGUACGGAUGCAACCUGGAAUAUUUCCCAUAUCGCUGUGUGGGCCGUCCUCGAGUGCAAUGUGGGGAUCUUCUGCUCCUGCAUGCUUCUCCUCCCGCGAUUCGUCGAGCGGUACUUUCCCAAGGGUGUAACCUCGUAUUUCUCACGUCUCUGGAGCAGCAACGGGGGAAGCAAAAAGGAACGCAGUGUCAGCAACGGACCUUGGAAGGAUGGGUCCUGGCAGUCCCCGAAGCCGUGGGAGAAGUCUGCCAGCAAGCCCGCCGCCAUUGAGCUGGGUUCAACGGAAAGCUUGAACAGACAGUCCCUGACAGUCUAGACAGAUCAGGGGGCUUCAUAGCUUCGUAGUGGGUGUUGCUGUUCAGUCGGUGGAGGGGUUGAGCGCGGGGUCUGUCUUCCCCGUCCCGUGUCCUGUAUAUAGUG